AAUCAGCAUGUGCGUAAAAUACACUGUUGUGUCAGCGAAAUACGAACAGUUUGAUUCAUGAUAAUCUACAAUUCUUUUUUUAAAUUUUAUUUCGAGAAUAUAAAUUCAUCAAUGAUUUCUUUAAUAACUUUUUUUUAAAUUUAAAGAUAGAGUAAAAUAAAUGUGUCUAUCAAUGAUUUCAAAACCCGUGUAUUGCCGUAGCAAACAUAAAACAAUAUUUAAAAAAUACUGUAACAGUUCCUAACCUUAAAUAAUAUUCUUUACGUUAAACUUCAUUGUAAAUAUGUUUGUGUGGCUCCUAACGCACACAACUAUAUUAAAAGACAACCGUGCAACAUUAUUUAAUACUAGCUAAAGUUACAAUACAUUGUUAACCUCUUAUUCGUUUCACAUUACCAACGGAUACAUGCGUAGUAAAUAAAGUAGCACCGGUACGAUAAAUCCUACCGUACGAUAUUAUGUGUUUUUACUCAAAUGUUACGGUAUAUGACGUCAAAACGACAUCAGUGGUCGGAGUUUAAGAAAACAAAUGGGGUGUGGCUGUGUCAUGGACACGGCCGUGUGUUGUACGUAAACACAAGAACGUAACAGGAUGGAAGAGAUGGAGUGUGAAGAGGCUGAGGUCAGACCGUGGUCCAGAAGGAGAUCGCUGCCCCAGUACCUGGCAGCUCUCUCAGGCACACUUGUUUGUUGGCCACCGCAAGUGGACUCACCUGUGCAAGUGUCACCUGUCAGACCUGAAGGGUGGUCCUUAGCAUAACCGGCCCACCUCGUCACGCCUAUGUAUGUCCGCUGUUGGAAAGAAACCCACGACCCGGGAACGAAAACUGAGGAAUGAUGGUCACUAUACCAGCUUGGCUCGAGAGCGACGCUGACGGCAUUCUGCAGCAGCUCGAGCCUGGUCUGGUACGGCAUCGCGAGGGGCAUGCUGGAGGAAUCGGCAGCUCCGACGUUCGGGCAGCAGGCAUCGGCGUACCGGCUGCAGCUCCUGGGCGCGAUGCUGGGGGCGCUGGUGGCCGGCCGCCUGCUGCAGUGGCGCGGCCCCAGAGGGAUGCUGCUGCUGCUGGUGGUGCCCUUCGUCCUGGGCCACGCGGUGGUGCUGGCCCUGCACACCCACCGCGCGUGGCUGUUCCUCGCGAGUUUCCUGUUCGGCGUCGCCACCGGGGCCAUGCACGUCGCCGCGCCCGUCUACCUCGUCGAGAUCCUGGAAGACUCCAACCGCGGGAAACUGGGCUGCUUCAUACAUCUCAUGUUCAGCAGCGGCAUCCUCUUCGUGGACCUGCUGAAUCUAGCGGACAGCUACGUCCUCCUGGCCGCGUGCUGCUUCGUGGUGCCUCUCGUCUCCACGGUGGUGCUGUUCUGGAUGCCCGAGUCCCCGCGCCACCUGCUCGCGAGGAACCGCCGGCAGGAGGCCAGAGCGUCCCUGCGCUGGCUGCGCGGGGGACAUCGCGACGUGGCGGGCGAACUGCAGUCCCUCCAGGCCUCCGUCGACGAGGUUGCCCGACCGGUGGGCUCUUGGAGGGACCUGGCUUGCAGUCCCGUGGCGGCCAAAGCGCUCGGCAUCUCGAUGACCCUAGUGGCCUUCCAGGAGUUCAGCGGCCACGACUUCGUGGAGCCGAUGUCCAUGAGGUUCUUAGUGCUAGCGAGCAGCAGCACGUCCAAUUUGACGAUCCUCGCGGUGGUGGCGGUGCCGGUGGCGGGCUCGUGUCUCGGGCUGGUCCUCGCCGACCGUCUGGGCCGCAGGGUCCUGCUGCUGACGACGGGACUCGUCGUGACUGUCUCGCUGCUGUUCCUCGGAGUGUACUUCCUGCCCGACGAUCCGGCGUACACGUGGGUGCCGGUCCUCCCCGCUUUUGUCUUCACGCUCGCCUUCAACGUCGGGCUCGGCCCCUUGCUGUGGACCCUCAUGGCGGAGCUGAUGCCGCCCAACGUGCGGGGUCUCGGAGCAGCGCUGGUCGGCAUGUACUUCUGGCUGCUCAAGCUGCUCAUGUCCUGGCCGUUCUACUCCAUGACGUGGGCGGUCCACCGGUACAUCUACUGGUGCUUCUUCCCCUGCUGCAUCUUAGCCAUCGUCGUCGUGUACUUCAUCGUCCCGGAGACGAACGGCAAGUCUGUGCGCCAGGUGCAGGAAGAAAUGAAACAGUGCAUGUGCUCCCUGCGUCAGUGCACGCUAAGGACCCCCGGCUCCUACAGAUCACGUUACUAACUGAGGGGCAUGUUCUUGAUCACGAUCCAGUCAAUCUUGAAAAUACUCUCCGGAAAAACUUUUCAUGCCACUUCAAGGUCUACACCAAGUAAAGAAAUUUGACUAAAAAAAAUCUAGCAUUAUGUGUUAUUCAUAUAGAAUCUCAUCCGUCCAAGCUCUUAUGAAUUUUUAUUUUCUGUCGGAUUAUUACAUAGGAAUUCCCACUAUAGAUACUUGUAUUGCUUAUUCGUUGGCAGUUAUUUGUCACUAACAUUGAAAUAUAUUUAGUAAAUGGACAAGAGUA